AUGAAUCCGGCGCUGGGCAACCAGACCGACGUGGCGGGCCUGUUCCUGGCCAACAGCAGCGAGGCGCUGGAGCGCGCAGUGCGCUGCUGCACCCAGGCGUCCGUGGUGACCGACGACGGCUUCGCCGAGGGCGGCCCGGACGAGCGCAGCCUGUACAUCAUGCGCGUGGUGCAGAUCGCCGUCAUGUGCGUGCUCUCGCUCACCGUGGUCUUCGGCAUCUUCUUCCUCGGCUGCAACCUGCUCAUCAAGUCCGAAGGCAUGAUCAACUUCCUGGUGAAGGACCGGAGACCGUCUAAGGAGGUGGAGGCGGUGGUCGUAGGGCCCUAUUGACCGGCCACCCGGCCCCCGCGGCAGCCGCCCCCACGCCUUCCCUCUUCGCCCGCCCUGCUGCGCCCUUUACUGUCCCAGACGGGGCAAAGCAAACCUGUCGGAGUCAAUUAUUUCUCUCGACUUCUGCCUUUCAGGAUGAAGCGACCGGUUUUUCGCUCGCCCUCUGAAAGCUCUGGUGCCUGGCUGUUGGAAAAGGAGAGCGGCCGGACUUCUGGACUCGGCAGCAAGUGGCGAGAAGAGGGCGGUUAGGGCUCAGAACUUUGGAAGCUGCCGCUGGCGUGGGAUGCGGGGAGACCGACGGGGCGGAGGCCCUUCUCCACCCGCAGGUGGGCCGAGCGCUGGGGGCAGGCGGACAGGGCGGGCAGGGGGAGACCCAGGGGCACCGAUCACCUGGUGGCCGAAAAAUGACCUGUGUAUGCGCCAUGCAGCAGACCUAAUGGGGACUCACAAACCCGUGUCUGGAUUCCCGCCCACUCCCUCUCGCUCCCCAUAGCCCUGGCGGGGAGAGGCGAUAAAUGCCUGUGAUUGAUUGUAAUGUGUCGUUUUAAGGGAUUUUUGUUUGUUUGUUUUUUGCUUGAAUACAAAUAUUUGAUAAGUUCUUUUCUGCCCGAGUAGUCUGUUUGCCUGCCUGGGGGUUAGAAUUUUGUUACCGUGGGAGAAUGGGUGGGGUAGGGGGGCCUGCGAAUGUGAAAAGGGUAAGUUGUUUCUUUUACUGCAUUUUCAACUGGCUCUUUCUGGGUGUGCUGGACCCCCAGCUGCCGCCUCGGUAAAGACCCGGAAUAGAACUCAUAGCUCGUGACUGCACAGUUUACGCCACAAAAGUGCUCUUGACAUCCGUGACACCGUUUUGACUUUUUUUUCUUAAGAUUUCUUUAAUAAAUGCGACAUUUAAAUGUUUUGUGCCUGGCCUUCGGGUAGUCAUUCUGCGCUCCCCGGCAAAUGGGAACAGGCAGGGGUGAGGAGUGUGGUUAUGGGCCUUGGAGAGCUAUGCUUCAAUUCAUGGAUCUGAUGAAGAGGUGAGGGUUGGGGCGAGACCGAGAGGCCAAAGGACGAGUGAGACAUCCCCAAGCCCCAGGCACAGGAGCCUUCUGAGAGGCAACAGCCUUCGUUUUCUCUUACAGAGUUACCACUUUAUA